GCUGGCACCAGACCAGGGGCUGCACCUCUUAAUACCUGAACAAUGGCCGAGACUAAUCUCGUUCUCAGUUUCCACUGCUGCCAGGGCUCAACUGGACGCUGGAAUACCCGACCGAAGGCCAGGAGCCAAGACCACAGACCACCACAUGCACUCCGCUUGCUACUUCAGAGUGGACUGAACCCGAGCGAGCACCGGCGUCCUGGACAAACCAGGAAAGUCAAACGCUAGAAGUGAAAGGAGAAGACCCCACACGACCCGAACGAGUCAAGUCCAAGGCCCUUUGGCUGUUCAGCACUCGCCGUCUUUAUCUUCUUGAGCCAGGACCACAUCAAGACCAACUGCUGUCUGAAGAUGGGGGGGAAGAAAUGGCUGGUGGGUUCGGCCCUGGUGUCGGCGGUCGUCGCUCUCGUCCUUAUCUUGGUCAACCUGACGUGGGUCAGCCUGCCCGUGGGCUACAAGUAUGGCAUGGUCUUUGACGCCGGGUCCACUCACACCGCCCUCUUCCUGUACAAGUGGCAGGAGGACAAGCAGAACAGCACAGGACUGGUCACUCAGGUUAUGGUCUGCGAUGUGGACGGCCCAGGAAUCUCAAGCUACGCCAACAACCCUCCGGCCGCUGGUCAGUCCCUCAAGGUCUGCCUGGACACCGCAGCGGCCGCCGUCCCUCGAGAGAACCAGCGGGAGGCUCCCGUCUACCUGGGCGCCACUGCUGGCAUGCGGCUGCUUAACAUCACCAGCCCCAGCCAGUCUGACCAGGUGCUGGCCGAGGUGGCCAAGUUCAUCCAGCUCUACCCGUUUGACUUCCGCGGCGCCCGCAUCAUCUCUGGAGACGAGGAGGGGGCCUACGGUUGGGUGACCAUCAACUACCUGCUGCAGUCCUUCAUCAAGUGCACAUUUGAAGGCAAGUGGAAGCUGCCAACUAGUGCCAAGACCCUGGGGGCGAUGGAUCUCGGAGGAGCUUCCACCCAGCUGACCUUCACGCCGGCCGUGCCCAUCAAAGACAAGAACUACGAGUCCAACUUCACCCUCUAUGGGAACAAAUACAACGUCUACACGCACAGCUACCUGUGUUACGGCAAGGAGCAGGCCAUGAAGAAGGUGCAGGCCAACCUGAUCCAGCAGUCCUCAAAUCCCAUUGACCACCCCUGCUACCCCACCGGCUACCAGCUGAACACCACGCUUGGCGCCAUCUUCAACUCUCCCUGUGUCUCGUACUCGGGCAGCGCCAACCUCAACAUGCUGGUCAUCUUCACCGGGACAGGCAAUGCCAGCAAGUGCCAGGAAAUCAUCAGAGGCAUCUUCAACUUCAAGGCCUGCGGCUCGAAUACAGACUGCACCUUUGAUGGCAUCUACCAGCCCCCCAUCAGUGGCAGCUUCUUUGCGUUUUCUGCCUUUUUCUACACGUUUGACAUUUUAAAGUUGACCCCUAAAGCAUCGCUCAGCGUCACUUUGGACACCAUCAGCAAGUUCUGCCAGAAGCCCUGGGCUCAGCUCAAGGCCGAGUACCCCACUGAGAAGGAGGACCGCCUGCGUGACUACUGCGCCUUGGGCUUCUACAUCACCACCCUCCUGGUGGACGGCUACAAGUUCAACAGCACAUCCUGGGACAACAUUCAGUUCCAGAAGACGGCUGACUACACGGACGUCGGCUGGACGCUGGGCUACAUGCUCAACUUGACCAACCUCAUCCCUUCCACGUCCCCCAGCCUUGUCAGAGGUCACGGUCCAGGCGAGUGGACGGCCUCCGUCAUCUUCACCGUCUUUUCCAUAUUCCUCUGCUUGCUGGCCUUUUGUGUCCAGUGUCUGGAAUCCCGACAGAUGAGUUCUGAAUAGAGUGGACACGUGGGACAUGUGUGUGUGACCCCUCCAGUCCGUCUUUGUUGUGUGUGGGCCCAGGCCCCUUUGGAGUGGACGACCACCAUGUAGAUGAGCAGCUCUGAACUCGCAAGGUGGCUCCUCCUGACGGGUCACCACCCACCCGCUGACCUCUGACCUUCCCUGCUGGAGUGCCCGUGUAGCCCAUCACACGCAGGUCUCUUCCCACCACUGACCCUCACCUGUAGUCCCCACUAGUGACCCUCCUGUCCACUAUCAUGCCAACUCACACUGACCUUUGACCCUGUCUUCAGAUCCCCUGGUCUAACCGGCCGUCUUUAGACCCCUCAGUCCUCUUAGUGAGGUAUCAUUGACCCUCCAUGGAGCCCUGGGUCUCCCCCAUCCUGGUCUCACAAGGCCAUUCUGCGUGACCCCUGAACCCUCCUCAAAGCCCCCAGCAUGCCUGACACUUUUUGUUAUUCCUGUAGCUCCCCAACUUUUGGUGUCAUCUCUCCAGCCCCCCCGCCCCCCAUCCCC